GCACUCAUUUCAACCUCUAGACCUUCUUCGAGCUCUUGUGCUCGUAGCCAAACAAAAUAACACUCGACAAAAUAAAACGAUUGAUUCGCUAAUUCUGGGAUAUUGGUGCAAAUUUUAGCCCAAGUUCAGUACAACAGUGAUAAGUCUUUUAUCGCAGUUCCCAGAUUGAAUUGCCGAUUUCAACAUUUGCCGCUCAUAUUUACACAUUUGGUAUAACAGAGAAAUGGGAAAGGUUCACUUGAGGGAAGGAGCGGUGGUGUUGCUGGCGCUGCUGCAGAUGGGCCUGUGCGGGCCGAGCUCGGACCUCAUGUCGGACUACGGCAACGAGUCGCAGGAGGGCCAGCUGCAGGGAGCCUCGGACGAACUGGCCAUGAAGCGGAACUCGCUGCUGUCGAUACCCCCGGAGGCUUUGCUGCUGGACUCGAGGGAGCGUCGCUCGAACACGCCGGCGGGCUCGUCGUUCAUCAGGUUCGGUCGGUCGGGCAGCAGCAACGGCGGCGCCAUCAGUCCGCCGCACACCCGCUCGGACGUGAUCAUCAGGUACGGUCGGGACGGCGCCGCGGGGCCCAACAGCCGCCUCACUCGGCUCCGCCAGGAGCGCAUGCGGAAGAUGGCCAGGUUGGCGCUGCUCUGCGCCGAGAGCCGAAGCCAGCAGGACGACUACGCCAUGAGCUCGGCCGAGGACAAGAUACUGCGCGAGAUCUGCAGGGACACUCCGCUGCACCCUACGGUGCCGGACUUUGUCUAAGUCGUCGCGCGCCUCAGUGAGAUCGCUCGCCCGAGAGCCGAAUUAUCCGCCUCUCCACCUUCAUCAAAUAGCCUAUUUAAUAUAACGUACACAAGACUGAUUUGUCGUGAGUGUUCUUGAGUAUAUUGCUUGUGUUGAUCAUGUGCUACAGGCCAGCUCUCAAACUCGGCGGAUAAAACUACAACAAAAUUAGCUUAUUUACCUAAAAUAACGACCUACUAUUAGCAUGAAUAAUUAAUUAUGCAUUUUUUCCCCUUUUAUUUUAUUUUCAUGUAUAAAAAUAAAAAUAUCUACACGUGAAUGUUGAAUGUUUCGGAGCAAAGAUAACGGAAAUAAUCUAAUAAACCUAUUAAAAUUUUCACACAAUUUCGAUUACAUCAAGAGCUCGAUUUAAAGUGAUAAUUUGAAAGAUUUCUUUUAUCUAAAUCUCUUUAUGCUGAAUUCGGAAAUCAUUGAAAACAUUGUAAGCAAAUCACCAAUGUUAUUUAUCUGUAUUUAAUGUUUUAAAGUUGACGAUUAUUUUGGAGUUUUAAUCGAAGUAAUAAAAGUAUGAAAUAAG